AUUCACCUUUGACUUACUGAGAAUAACCGAACACUCUCACACAAUGGAUGAAAUUGACAAGAAUGUAGAGGGAGAGAAAUUGGCUGCUAUAAAGCCAGUGAAAAAAUUACUUCCAGCGAAGCCAGAAGAAUUAUUGGCAGUCAUUUCAGAAAAUAGGUCCAUGGGUAAUGCAUUUAAGUUUUUACUAAAUGAAGCAGUGAAUACAUUGUACGCUGGAAACGAUGCAGACUGCUUAGACAUGUGUGAGCCUCUUCACCACAAAGUAUGGGAAGAGCUGAACACUGGUUACUGGAAGGAUGUCCCGAUCUGUUGGAGGCAGGCGUACUCUCUUGUCUCUGUGAUGAAGGCCUUGUGCCUCUGUUCCCUACUCUCCGACACAACCAGGAACAUUGAUCACAUGACAAUAAUAAAAACCUGUGAUAUGGGGUUGCUUAUGGGAGCACCCAUACUAAACAAUAUAUUAGCCAGGAUGUCUCAUGAAUUUCAGGAAGCUUUUGGCUUUUUGAAAUAUGAGAAAGCAGAAGAAGAAAACAGUGUAGAUGAUGAUAAGCCUUGCUUUAGUGAAGUCUCAGCGGGUAAGAAAGCGAAAUUAGAUGAAGUCAUUAACCCUGAGCAAGAUAAGCAGAAGGCUGAGAAAGAAAAGGAGACGGAAAAUGUGGAUAUGUCGAUAUCAUUGCCACCUCGUGUGGAGACUCAGACCACUCGUGACAUCCCACGCUGCUCGUGCCCGUCUGUUGAAAUGUUUCAAGCCAUGUUUCUUGAGUCCGGUCAUCCAGUUGUCAUCACAGACGCAAUAGGAUACUGGCCUGCGCUGACCACUCGCAAAUGGACUGUUGAUUAUUUGAGAUCAGUGGCGGGCUGUCGAACUGUGCCUGUGGAAAUAGGAUCAAGAUACACAGAAGAUGACUGGACCCAAAAGUUAAUAACUAUUAAUGAGUUAAUUGAUACUUAUAUUGCAAACCCUAAGUCUGAUACUAAAGCUUAUCUGGCACAACAUCAGCUAUUUGACCAGGUCUGGGAGUUGCGAGAUGACAUCAGUGUGCCAGUGUACUGUUGCCUGGGUAAGGAAGAAGACGUGGACAUCAACGCCUGGUUUGGGCCUGCUGGUACAAUAUCUCCACUUCACCAGGACCCAAAACACAACUUCCUCUGUCAGGUGAUGGGCACGAAGUACAUCAGACUUUACUCAAGUGAACACACAAGCAGCAUGUACCCCCAUGAGGGUUUCCUGUUACACAACACCAGCCAGAUAGACCUGGACUCCCCAGACCUGGAGAAGUUUCCAGACUUUGCCAGCCUGCCCUGUCUGGAGUGUGUUCUCAGGCCAGGGGAGAUGCUGUACAUUCCACCCAACCACUGGCACUAUGUCAAAUCCUUGUCUGUCAGUUUCUCUGUCAGUUUCUGGUGGCAGUGAGGUUUUAUGUGUGUUGUAUCACUUGAAUGUUGUAGGGGAGGUGUCAAAGUUAUGGUCCCAAUCACUAGCACUAUGUUAAGUCAUUUUCUCUGAGUUUUUGAUGAGUUUCUUGUAUUACUUUAAGGGGUGGAGUGAGGAUGGUUACCAAAGUUAUGGUACCAAACACUUAAAUCAAGUUGUCAUCUGUUAGUUUCUUCUCUGUCAGUUUCUCUGACAUCUCAUGGCAGUGAUGGCUGGGUUUCUUGUAUCACAUAAAGGAAGAAGGGUGUUGAGGUACCAAAGCAGUGGUUCUUAACACUUAAAA